AUGAUUUUAAUUCAGGUAUAUGAAAAGAUGUUCAGUGUCGCUAAUCAUCAGGGAAAUGCAAAUCAUCACCACAAUGCGUUAUCACCACAUAACAGGGUGGCUAGUAUUUUUUUAAAAAACUAUUAUCAAAAGAUAACAAGUGUUGGUGAGGAUGUUGAGAAAUUGGAACCCUUGUGUACAGUUGCUGGGAAGGUAAAAUGAUGUAAAACAGUAUGGAUGCUCCUCUGACCUCCAUAUGAUCACACUUCAGAGCAAGCACACCUCUGGAUCAUAUACCUCUGCAUAUAUGAUUUUAAAAAAAACAAAAAUAGAACCAGGGAGUUGUUUCUACAGACCUCUUUUAGUUUAUUACUGCUUUCUCAACUCUAUCUCUGCUCUCAAUCCCACGGUCCUACAAUAGGCUUCUAUGCUUCCAAAGAAGAAGGUGGGCACAGAUGGUUAUUCUGAGCAAAUGGCCAACAACAGCUCUAGGGCAUUGCUCACAGGAUGGACAUGAUCUUCAAUGAAUGCCUUGGCCCAACCUGCUCUGUUUCAUGGUUAACUCAUCACACCUUUCUUUCCUCUGCCCAGCUCUUUCACACCUAGACCUACCUCUAUGGCAAAGCCAAAUUCUACUUUUGUGACUGAGAUCCUUUUUGAAGGUUUUUCCAGCUUCAGGUGGCAGCACAGACUUGCCUUCUUUGUUGUCUUUCUAACUUUGUACCUGCUGACUCUCUCUGGCAAUGUGAUCAUCGUGAUGAUUAUUCGCCUGUACCAUCAUCUCCACACCCCCAUGUACUUCUUCCUAAGUAUGCUAUCCAUCUCUGAGACCUGCUACACUGUGGCCAUCAUUCCCCGUAUGCUUUCUGGUCUCUUAAAUCCUUACCAACCCAUUGCCAUUCAAGGCUGUGCCACUCAGCUCUUCUUCUAUCUCACUUUUGGCAUCAACAACUGCUUCCUGCUCAUAGUCAUGGGAUAUGACCGCUAUGUGGCCAUCUGCAACCCCCUAAGGUAUUCAGUCAUCAUGGGUAAGAGGGCCUGUGUCCAGUUGGCAUCUGGUUCACUGGGAAUUGGCCUGGGCAUGGCCAUUGUCCAGGUAACAUCUGUGUUUGGCCUGCCCUUCUGUGAUGCCUUUGUCAUCUCCCACUUCUUCUGUGAUGUGAGACCGCUGCUGAAGCUGGCCUGCACAGACACCACUGUCAAUGAGAUCAUCAACUUUGUUGUCAGCGUCUGUGUCCUUGUGCUACCUAUGGGCUUGGUCUUUAUCUCCUAUGUCCUCAUCAUCUCUACCAUUCUUAAGAUUGCCUCAGCUGAGGGUCGGAAGAAGGCUUUUGCCACCUGCGCCUCCCACCUCAUAGUGGUCAUCAUCCACUAUGGCUGUGCCUCCAUCAUCUACCUGAAGCCUAAGUCCCAGAGUUCCCUGGGACAGGACAGACUCAUCUCAGUGACUUACACUGUCAUCACUCCCCUGCUGAACCCCAUUGUGUACAGCCUGAGGAACAAGGAAGUCAAAGAUGCUCUGCGCAGGGCCGUGGGGCAAAAGCCCCUGUCUCCUUAAUGAGGAAAGGUUGUAAAGGCUUUAUCUUUGAGUUUAUAAAUGUGUUAAUAUUUAAUGCUCUUUCAAUAAUGCCCUGAUGUAUUGGAUCAAGAAGACUAGACUAAAUUGAACUGAGUGCUAAAAUUGGAAGUUUCUGUUUGAGAUUAUCAUGAUCUUCUAUGCCCUGCUCUAGAACAGUUAGAAAAUAGUUUGGCAUACACUUAUGAAUGUAGAAAAAAAAUUGCACGCCUGGAUUGUGCAUACCUGACGUACUCUCAUACACAUGAACACAGUGACACAUACCCUGAGAGUAUUUCAAGUUAUGUAACUCCAUUAAAACAUAAAGUCCAGCAGGCUUCUAUAAAGCUAAUGAGCAAAAUGUUUGGAAACCACUUCAGAAAGAUUUUCUAGUUGACUGUUAAGGGUGUCAGAAUAAUUUAUGCCACAUUUUUAGCAAAUAAGUUAGAAGAUACACACACGUAUGCAUUUCUGUGAACAUUGAAGGCUUUCUUGUAAAUCAAAAAACAAACAAACCAAAAAAAGCUAGAGACAGACCUUCCAAGCUGAUGGAAUUGCUCUAACUGACCCAGUAGUAAAGAGUGUAGAUGUAGGAAAGCCAAAAAGCAUCAACUACAGAGAACACAGACUUGAACUGUCCAUACUCCUGAGAUGCUCAGAUCAGAAAACUCAGAUAGAAAAGAAGAACAUGCUGAAAAGGUUAACACUUUUCAUACAUUCAACACAAGAGUUAAAAGGAUGGAGGUUGAAAGGCUCAGCAAAAGUAUAGUUCAUUUUGCCAGGUUGACAUAAAACUCUCUGUAAUAGUGUUAUAAACGUAAGUACUUUAACUACAACUUCUGAAAAGAAUUAUUAAUGAACGGAAACCUUAUGCAUGACUUAAAUUUUUUCCGGUGAGCUCCUAAGCCUGCAGGGGUAAAUUUUCAGAAGUUUUUUCUUUUAUACUCCCAACUUUGAACCUGAGUUAUAAACAGCAUUUUAUGUCUGAGCAUCACAGAAGGUGAAAAUAUAUGUUCUGGUGCAAGGAAGGAUAUUCUGUCUCUCAUCUUUCUACUGCACUCUGGCCUUCUAUACUGAAGAACAAGCAUACCCUGAGUUUCAAAUACACUCCUCCAGGAUCCACAAUCCAUCUAAUCCAAUGGAGUGACCCUGCAGAGGCAAGAUAUCACUUCUGAAAGUCUGCAGGAUGCUGAAAAUGGGACAAUUCAUUUGAAAUAAAUUCUUUAAGUUAACAUGUCUUGCUUUGCCAAAAAAUUGUCAUGUGACGUCUGACUGGGGAUAAAAGAUAUCAUUGUUUUAGUCUCCAGAUUUCUAGAAAUGAUAUAGUUUAUUUCUUAGUAGUUCAUGCUUAGUAGUUCUGCUUGAUGUAAUUAGCAGCCACUGGGUAAAGGUCUGCUGGCCAGUGCCACACUGUCUUCUAUCUGAAGUUGUAUUUGGUGAAUGCUGUAGCACAUCACCUGGAUUGCACUCCCUCAGGACCCACACAAGCAUUCCUCCAGCUGCUGGGAGUACCUUGCGCUAAUGGCUGUCAGUUGAGUUCCCCUUCAAGAUUGUCCUUGUUUUAUUUUAUUUAUUUCUUUUUUGAGAUGGAGUCUCGCUCUGUCACCCAG